AUGAAAUGGAGGCAGGUGGUAGUUUUGUAUGGAUUUGUCUGGACACUUUGCAUCGCAUCAGCGCAACGAACAAAUACUGGACCAGAGUUUGGAUUUGCCCGAACAUUGAUCUCCCCUGACAGUACGGAUCCAGAUCCAUUCGGGACUGAGUCGUCUUUCAAUUCACUGCCAAACCUAGACGAUCUAGCUAAUGUGCCUCUAGAUUUCUUGGGAGGGACAACAAUGAGGCCUCCAGAUUUCUCCUUGGAAAGGAUAUUUGAGAACAUCACUCCACCAGAUGCCUCUGUGAAUGAUGGUUUAUUCACAAGUGCAAAUUCUUUCAACGACAUUUUGUCCCCUGAUGGAAUAGUCGACUUUCAACUACCACCAGGAACAAAUGGAGAUGUUUUCCCUGUAAACGACUCAAACUCUACUCCAGACAUAAGUCAAACUCGCGUUGAGCCCAUACGUCCAGAGCUUCCUGAUUUACAGUCAGUGAUGUCUAUGCAAUCCCAAUCCUCGUCUCAACAAAAUGCAGCACCACCUUCCACAAACCAAGAUAUUAAUCCAAACCCACUACCACAGAAUUUUCCUCCUGAGCUAUCAGUACCCAGUGGACCCGGUGCCCCCUCCUCUGUUAUAAAUGACUGGUUAUCAUUUACAUCAGACCAGACACAAAGACCCCAGAUCAAUAAUCAACUAAUAACAGGUGCUGGUGGUCAAAAUUUAGCAGGUAACAUAGGCAUUAAUGACAAUCAGAUCGCUGGAAUCAAUGAUGUCCAGCAUGAUAUGUGGUCAGAUAACUCAUUAUUUAACAAUCCAAAUCUAGGCGAUCCCUCUGAUGUUUUUGGAAACAUGAACAUCCCAAUCAAUUUUCCCAUAGAAGAAAAUUCUGCACCAAGUGGGAUAGAACAGCAACGAAGACUUCCUAUUUCUUCACCUGAAAUGAAUACAAAUCAGAAUCGUGUAAUUCAAUCAUCAAUUCCUGAAAUCACAGGAACGUCUGUAAACAGACCGUUUUUGCCACCAUUCAAUCCUCAAAGCAGGAUUCCAUCGGGAUUUGCGUCGGGUCCUAACUGGAGAGAACCCCCUGAACGUAUACCAGUAUUUCAAGUGGGUGGAGGACUGCCAGCCCAACAGAAUCAGAUUAAUCCUGCCCGUAGAAUCGAUCCAUUUAAUGAACAAAUCCUCAUCAGAGAUGUCUUUCGAGACUCUCCUACGUCCCCACAAAAUAACAGAAUGAGGCCUAGGAAUCUAGAAAGGGACAAUGCGAUCAACAGUCAAGCUCGAAUGGUUCUAUCAUCUCCAAUGCCAAUUGCUCGUCCAUCUCGAGUCAAUAUACCAAGUCCUCAGCAGAUUUUUGCGGGUGGUCAACAGUCUCAACAACCAACAAGAGGUGGUUUAACUGCGUUUCCCCAAUCUCUUACUGCUCGUCGAUCACCAACACUGAGUAUAUUUCAGGGAACUCCAACAAGGCCAGCAGACAUGCAGCUGAGACCAUUACCAAGGAAUUCUUUUCUUCCAUCAGCAACAAAUAUCCAAUUUAGACCAAAUCCACCAUCUCCUCUCCGUGUAAAUAAUCGAUUGAACUCUGUUCGAACCGUCACACGUCCAGUACCGGUUGGAAACCAAGAAGCAGCACGCUUUAUAACCGAUCAGCGUAAUAUGAAUAGAAACAUGCAAGUAUGGACAAGGAUUGAAGGUAGAGCUCAGAACUUCGCUGGGCAAACAUCAUUUCCAGGCAACCAAAUAGAGCGUUCAAAUUUGGCCUUCAGACCACCCAACCAGUUUCGUAUUAACCAAAGACUACCCGAAUCACUUCUCAGGGGGCUCCCUAUUUCUAGACAAAGACAAGCCUUACGUUCAACGCCAUCGACACCUAUUCCUUCUCAAAUUGGUUCUCGGCGACUGCCAUUUCGACUUCAAGGCCCUUCGCCAUCACCCUUGGAAAGAAAUCGCCUCCGAAUUUCUCCGAUGCAACCUUCAAUUACGCCAGGAUUACAAGCACGGCAACAAAGGAGGGAAUUCCCGAUUGGGAACCGAAGAUCAACACAAGGUGGGCCUCCUUUCGAUCCUGUUCUCUUCCUCUCUCUUCAAGACUCUUUUCAAGCUCCUCUUGACUAUGAACUCUUUGAUAUCUUCGAAGACAAUCCUCUGCUCUUUCUUCAAGAUCUUAAUUUACCUUUGACAAACAAUUUAUUUAAUCCGUUAUUAGAAUUUUCAGGCGGACGGCUUCGUGAAAAUCGACGACCACGACAGUUCCCUUCAGGACAAAUUCCCAAUCGAAUGGUUGUUAAUAUACCAUUUAACCAACAGACAACUAAUAACCCAUUCGGAAUACGACAAGUAGCACCACCUGUCUCACCAUUAUUAAGGGACGAAAAUCUUCCUUUUCUGGGAUCCGGGUUCUUUAACCCCAGAAUGAUGAUGCUUGCUGACAUUACAGUGAAGCCAUCUUCAAAGAAAAGAGUAAAACCUGUAUCGAAACAGAAUGCAACACAAAAUCUAUUAGAUAAAGUCAAUUUACAGGGUUUAAGGAAAGCUGAAUAUAUAAAUACACCUGUAGUGAAAGAAAAUAGGGUAUUUUGAUUUUUAAUGUAUAGGAAAAAUACCAGCUUUGUAUAUGUAAAAUGGGUUUUUUUUUCAUUGUGUAUAAGCAUAUCUACUUUUCUACGAGUUUUAAGAAAAGAAUAAACAUGUAAUAAUGUAGAAUGAAUUAAAAAAGAAAUGUUUUUGCAUUUCUCCAAA